UUUAUUUUAUAUAUAUGGUAAAGCCAUGAAAUGACACAUAUUUGUUAAUAACUUUCCCAGGAUAAAUAUAACUGUCCUUCACGAUGUGGUCGCUUGGUGGCGUCGCGAGCCGUUUCCUCCGUUGAGUCGUGUUCAAAACUCUGCAUGUUUUCCUAAUGCUGGCUUUUAUAUCCGAGAGAAAUUAGUAUCAUAUAAAUAUUUUAGUUACAUGCAUCUUUUCCUGACAUGAAAACAGAAAUAGUCCUCUUCGGUCUCUAUAGGAUGAAAGCACUAAACUGUAAUGAUGAACGACAUGGAUUGGCCAAACCGCGAAGAGCGAUGAGAAAAGUAACGGGUAUCACGUGACAUCGCCGUCAUGUAAUGUAAUGACACUGAAAAACUUUAAUAGGUAUUACAUUGAAAAAUAUAGAUUUAUAAUGUGAUUUUUAUUAUUUUUACUAUCGAGCCGUCAUACCUGACAAAUUACAGGGAAAUUUUGAGUCACUAAGCUUUAACUAUUUUGGGAAGCUCAUGUAUUUUAUUAUUGUAAUUUAUACAUAACGCUUUUUUGGGCUUAUAUUGUUAAUUCUAACGAAAACGUAACAAAAUAAGAUCAAAUAUAUUCACAAGAGGCGUAAUGUGUGGUGUUCGAGCGAGUCGUCAUGAUUCAGUCCAGGCGAGUCGAGCACAGAUUGAAUCGUUUGUCAUUUCUGCAGUAUGGCGGAGGACAAGGAUCCAGUGACCCGACUGAAGGAUCUGGCUCAGCUCAAAGACCAGCUCGAAGAGAUCCAGAAGAAGAUGGAGAAUGAGGUUCAAGCUGGAAUCCCUCAGGGUGGUUCAGUUUUACAGUCUCCUUUGUUGAAAGGAUUCCUGGCCGGGUAUGUGAUUUCCAAACUGCGUUCCUCGGCCGUCCUGGGAGUGGCUUUGGGAACCUUGACGGGAAUCUACGCCGCUCAGAGCUAUCAGCAUCACAGCGGAGCUCCUUCCCUCCUGAACCAAACCCUUGAGCUAGAUCAAACCCUGUUUCCAGGUCUGUAUGUGAGGGUGGAUUUGGACUGUUUUGAUGAAAAGUGGGCAUCAUGUAGGACUGCAAAAUGAAUCGAAACAAUAUCUAAAUCACAAUGGAGCUUAGUAUGAUUAUCAAAUUGCAGUGGCUGUUUAUUAAUUUAAUUAAAUAUAUGUGAUGCGUGUUUCAGAGUGAAAUGUGGCACUGUGCUCAGUCCGUUUAACAUUUAAUGAACAAAAUUAAGACCUACUUAAAUAUGAAUAUUGUAAUUUUACAGUUAAAAAUCUUGUGUGAUAUUUUUCUUAUUAAAUACUCUCUUUUUUUUAAGUGCAAUUACAGUAGUAAUAGUUUUUGUUUCAUAUUUUUAUUUAGUAGUGAUAAUUAAGCUGUACACAAAAAUUGUACAGCUGUACUUUGAUGAAUUCAUUAUAUUAAAUUAUUAUAUAAAAUACAAUUCUUAUAAACACACAUACAUAUAUAGAGUAUUAUAAUAUUAUUUUUAAUAUAAUUCAUAGAUUAAUAUUUAAUAUCAAUUUUCUUGAAUACUUACUCAAAAUAAAUUAAUUAAUUAAAUAAAUAAAAAUGUCUACAAGAAUUUUUAUCAGAUUUUUAGCCCCAAAUCCUGCAGCUCUAGCAUCAUGUCCGUUGAAGACUUCUGUUUCUCCCGGUGCUCUGUGUCAGUCUUUUGUAGCACUUCUUCCUGUACUCUCAGAAGCAGCUGUUGCUGGCAGACGCUGAGUGUGAUUGUGACAGAUAACCUCCUCGCAGGAGACGCGGGGUUUGUCUCCUUCUUCUUCAUCUAUUGUUUCAUCUCAGGAUUGGCAGCGUCUGCCUUUGAGUCUCCAGAACUUGUUGCUGUAUGUCUUCUGCGUGGGAAUCAAUCUGACAAUCAGCAGUGGUUUCUCCACUCUCGUUGGGCUCAUUAUUGUGGGACAGGCUGCUAUGCUGGUGAAUGACCUGAUUCUGGGAACACAGCUCACACCUUACUUCCUGUUUCCUGUGCUGCUGCUGAUUGGAUGGGCCUGCCACCAAAGAUGACUUUGAUUUUUUUAUGACUCUUUAUCUGUAGUGAACCAUUUAUUUUUUCAGCAUGUGCCCUCAGAUAUCUAGAAGUGCAUCUUACUGUGAAUGAACGUCCUCUCAUUGAGACUGAAUGUCUGCCAAUGUGUUGUUUUUACUCAUAUGCAGUAUUUUAUUUUCAAAAUAAAUGUUGAAAUGAAUGGUACAGCACAUUUAUGCAAAUUGUAACUGAUUUACCAGGUUAAAUAAAGGUAACAAAUAAAUAUAAUGGAUCAUUCA